AGCCUGAGAAGCCUUACACUUGCACUGUGCUCUCAAAUAACAAACAAGGGGCUUACCGAAGCACUUAUGAAGCUUCCAUUGCUUGAAGAACUCGAUGUCUCGUUCAUCACACUGUCCGGAGAUUCUCUCAGAGUUGUAGGCCAGUCUUGUCCUUAUCUGAAGACAUUUAAGCUAAACUGCGUGGGUGACAUUCGUACUGCGAACGAGGGCGACGAUGAUGCUCUAGCUAUCGCUGAAACAAUGCCUGGACUUCACAACCUCCAGCUUUUCGGAAACAAAUUAACAGACGCUGGUUUAAACGCCAUUAUUGAUCAUUGUCUUAACCUGGAACAUCUUGAUUUACGUCAGUGUUUCAACGUUAACAUUGUCGGAGAUCUGGAGAAGCGGUGUUCCGAAAGGGUCAAAGUUUUGAGACGACCUAAUGAUUCUACUCAUGAUUACCCAUAUGAAGAAGUGUUGGUUUUCAAUAUGAUGAGAGCAUCUGAAGAUGGCUUCAUGCCAAAUGUUAGUUAUUAUCGUGACUUCGAAGGUGCCAGUGACCAUUCUGACUACGACCCUUAUGAUGUUUAUGAUGACCCGUGGGAUAUGUACGGCGAUCUGCGUUUCUAGGUGCACUGGUGAAAUGUUUUCAUUAUCUCUUUAAAGUAGUUUCUAAGGUCAU